AUGGCAGUGCACACAGGAGAGAAGAAUUAUAAAUGCGAAAUUUGUGACAAAACAUUUGCUCAGAAAAGUACUCUUAAAACUCAUAUAGAAGUACAUUCAGGAGAGAAGACAUAUAAAUGUGAAAUAUGUGACAAAGCAUUUGCAGAUAAAAGUUACCUUAAAAAACAUAUGAGAGUGCACAUAGGAGAGAAGAAUUAUAAAUGUGAAAUAUGUGACAAAGCAUUUGCAGAUAAAAGAGAGAAGAAUUAUAAAUGUGAAAUGUGUGACAAAGCCUUUGCAGAUGAAAGGAAUCUUAGAACUCAUAUGACAGUGCACACAGGAGAGAAGAAAUUUAAAUGUGAAAUAUGUGACAAAGCAUUUGCUCGCAAUUGCCAUCUGAAAUCACAUAUGGCAAGCAUUUGCUCGCAAGGGCGAUCUGAAAUCACAUAUGGCAGUACACACAGGUGA